CGUUUAGCGGGAGGGUGAGCGAAUCCCCGGCCACGUGGCCCACAGCGUCGCCCGCUCUCCCACGCGCUCUGUCUCGAGGUCCUCCCGGUCAACGAGGCGGACGCGGCCAGGUCGUCUCCCCGCCCAUAAGCAUCGUCGAGCCGCGGGCCUUCCGCCUUCUCUCUCUCUCUAUUCCCCCACCUCUUCCGGUUCGCUGAGGGGAGGCCGCAGAUGGGGUAGCACGAGCGAAAGGAAGAGGGCGUGACCCGGGAACGGGGGCGGGGUCUAGGCAGGGGGUGGGGCCAGAAGGCUAUAAACCCAGCCGGGAGGGCAACUCCCCUUCAAUUUGCGCUCAGAAGCGAAAACGGGAGGUUGUCGGGGCAAACGAGACCCGGAACCCCAGCCCCACUCCCCCACCUAUGUGCUCGUUGAGGAGGGAUGUCAUAAAUUGCCCACGGUAGUUUCACCUUCUUGUCUGGCCCUCGCCGGGGUUGGGGCGGGAGGGGACGACACCCUGUGAGGAGAAGGUUUUGAAGGAGGCAAGUAGAAAGGGGGAGCCCAACGGGGGUGAGGAGUUAGCCCGGGCCCCGCCCCAGGGGAGCACGGCCGGUCCCGGCUCGGUGGGCAGGGGUGUCUGCUGGCAGAAUGGCAGGUCCCGUCUCCUUGCCCAACCCCGUCCAGACGCUUCAGGAGGAAGCCGUGUGUGCCAUUUGUUUGGACUACUUCACGGACCCCGUGUCCAUCGGUUGCGGGCACAACUUCUGCCGGGCUUGCGUGACCCAGCUGUGGGGCAGGGAGGAGGACGAAGAGGAUGUCCGGGAGGAAGAAGAAGGCGAGGAGGAGGAGGCGGCGGCGGCCGCCUCGGUUGCGGCCGUGGUGACUGGAGACGAAGACCCCAGUGACUGGGAUACCCCCAUGAGGGAAGAGGAGUACGAGGGUGACAUGGAAGACGAAGAGGAGGAAGAGGCAGAUGACGAGGAGUUCUGGAACGCUGGCUUCGAUGGAGACAUGUGGGAGGACAUGGACUACGUGUGGGAAGAGGACGACGAGAACUUUGACUACUUUUUGGAGGAGGAAGAGGAAGAGGAGGACGAGGACGAAGAUGAUGAUGAGGCCCUGGAGGAGGAGGAGGAGGAAGAGCUGGAGGACGGGCCUUCCUCUUCCGCCUCCUCCCAGCCCCGCCGUCGCUUCACCUGCCCCCAGUGUCGGAAGACCUUCCCCCACCGCAGCUUUCGGCCCAACCUGCAGCUGGCCAACAUGGUGCAGAUCAUCAAGCAGAUGCACCCCAACCCCCGGCGGGGGAGCCGGGGCGGGGGCGGCCUGGAUCAGGGCUUCUGCCCCAAGCACCAGGAAGCCCUGAAGCUCUUCUGUGAGGUGGACAAGGAGGCCAUAUGCGUGGUCUGCCGCGAGUCCCGCAGCCACAAGCAGCACAGUGUGGUGCCCCUGGAGGAAGUGGUGCAGGAAUUCAAGGUGAAACUCCAGAGCCAACUGGAGCCCUUGAAGAAGCAGCUGGAUGCUGUACUUAAACUGAAGGCCAAGGAGGAGAAGAAGAUCACAGAGCUCAAGGGCCAGAUGAAGUUGGAGCUGCAGACGGUGACGUCAAAGUUCAGCCGGCUGGCGCGGUUCCUGGCGGAGGAGCAGGCAGGACUGGAGCAGUGGCUUCGUGGCCGGCAUGAGGCCCAGCUGGACCGGGCUGGUGCCACCAUGACGCAGCUUGGGGAGCGGGCCUCCCACCUUAACUGUCUGAUUGCCGAAGUCCAGGAAUGCAGCCAGCAGGGUACCCUGAGGCUGCUCAAGGAUAUCAAGGAGACCUUCGACAGGUGUGAGGAGGUCCAGCUCCAGCCCCUGGAUAUCUCGUCCUCGGUCUUGUGCCAUCCCCACAACCAGGACUUCAUGAUGGACGUCAUUGUGAGGAAGAUGAGUCGGACCUUCUGUCAGGCUGGCCGAGCGGACCUGACCCUGGACCCGGACACAGCCCACCCUGCCCUGAGCCUCUCCCCGGACUGUCGCGCGGUCCGCCUGGGCGACCGGCGCCCGGCCCCGCCUGGCCGCCCCAAGCGCCUCCCGGCCGACUUGGCGGUGCUGGGUGCGCAGGGCUUCCGCUCGGGCCGCCACUACUGGGAGGUGGAAGUCAGCGGGCGGCGCGGCUGGGCCGUGGGCGUGGCCCGGGAGGGGGCAUGGCCGCCGGAGGGCAGCGGGGCCUCGAGGGGCGGCGGCGGGGCCUCGAGGGACGGGACGGCGGGCGCCUGCGCACUACCCUCUGCCGCUGCCGCCGCCGCCUCAACCACCGGCCGGCCGCGUCAUCGCCCCCACCACCACCACCACCACCGUCACCGGCCCGGGUCUCUGCCCCCCGGCGCCACGGUGGCCGCCGCCGCCCUGCAGCCCGAUAUCUGGAUCCUGAGCAGCAACGGCAAGCGCUACCAGGCGCAGAGCUCCAGCGAGCAGGUCCUGCUGAGCCCCGGUGAUAAGUUGCGCCGCCUCGGGCUCUACCUCGACUGCGAAGGGGGCCAUUUGGGCUUUUACAAUGCCGACACCCUGGCCCACGUGUACACCUUCUCCAAUGCCUUCCUCGGAGAUCGCGUCUUCCCCUACUUCCGUGUCCUCUCCAAGGGGACCCGCAUCAGGCUCUGCCCCUGAGUGGCAGGCGCCCUCCCCCUCGUGCCCGACCCUCACUGGGGGGGCUGAGGGGCGUCCCCGUUUGGGGGGACGGAGGGGACGGGGGGGGUGUUGAAUCCUUGCCUGGGGCCGCCAAAGCCUCUUGCCAAGUGCUCUACCCCUCCCCUUUUAAGACCUGGUCCCCCUCUCCCUGGCCCUCAGCCCAACUUCCAGGGUGCAGAACGGGGAAGAUCUCCCUUCCUCCUCCUCCUCUUCCUCCUCUUCUUCCUCUGCCCGAGACACCCCCCAUCCUCCCCUUUCUUAUUCUUCCACCACUUUCAGUUGCCAGGCCUAUUCCAACUCCUCCUUCAGCCUCCACCACUCCAGUGGAGCUGAGUCCAGAGGGGUCAGAAGUCAGCUUCCUCAAGGGGGUUCCCUCAGGCAGAGUCUAUUUUUCUAGCAUCCUCCCCCCCCCUUGCUUGCCGGGCUCAACCAGGCCUGGGGGAUUGCCAUGUGGCUCACUGUGACCCCUCUGCUCUCUAUCUGGAUUCUGAGGACAGUAGGCUGCUGUGGGAGAGGCUGCACCUGGAAAUAUGACAAUAAAGCUUGUUUAUCAGUUGUUGCCAA